AUGAGCUUUUCUGACAAUUCCAUAACGAUUUCACAUUUCUCACAAAACAAGGAUCAUCAAAAUUACUUGAUAAGCACUCAACACUGUUUGUUGAUUCGUCUAUGUCUAACGAGUGGUUCUGGGAUAAAGUUUCUUGCUGCUCCACAUCUGAAUCCCAGUUAUCUUCUAAUUCUUCCUGGCUGUCUCCCCAUCGAGUCCCGAAAAGUGACUCAAAAAGCCAAGCCUGCUCCUCCCCCUCCACCUCCUCCUCCGAAAAAGGAUAAAUCAUGGGUGAGAUCGAAAAUUGAUUCGGCAAAGGAAAAAUAUGAAGCUGGAAAGCAAAAAAUUAAAACGAAAGUCGAGCAUGCGAAGGAAAAAGUCAAGUCAAAAUUCUCAAAAUCUGAUGAUACCAAAAACACAUUUGUUCAAAAAACAACACCUCGGAUAAACACGGAUUUCAAUUUGAAAACUACAAAACAUUAUGGAUGGAAUCCGAAUGUUCACUAUGGCGGAGACUCCAUCUUGACAACGAAAAAACCACUAUUCGAUAGAAUUAAAGAAAAGGUAAAAGGAUCCGAAAAAUAUGUUGGGAUGGCUGUUGGAUGGGCCAAGAAAGACUUGGGAAUCGGAGUUGAAGGACCGAAGAAGCCAUCGAAAAUUUUGAAAUUCGGAAAAAAAGCUGUGGAGUUUGUAUUCAAAAAGAAAGCCAAGAAGACGACGCAAGUUGGGUUCUCAACAGGAGGCUCCUCUGGUGGCGUUGGUUAUUCUGGAGGAUCCUACUCAGGCGGAUCAUAUUCUCAAGGAUACAGCAACCCAGAAUCUUCGGAUCUUCACCAAAAAGUGGAAUAUUUGAGAAGUCGUUUGGAAGUGAUGCAAAAUAAGAUUCAAGGAACAUGGAAUACCAGUGAAGCCGGAACCAAAUAUAAGUUAUUCGAGGAGAGAAAGAACUGGAAUGAUGCACAGCUCCACUGUGAGGAACUCGGAAGUAACCUUGCUUAUUUGGACAGCGAAUCAAAGAACAACUACGCAAAAAUUCUUCUAAAAAAAUCUCAAAAUACCACAAUGGUCUGGUUCGGGCUGAGAACAGAAAUUGGAUUAGAAUCGGCUUCUCAACCUCAGUUUUCAAACUUUGCUCAUCUCGACGGAUGUGGAGCAGUGGAUGGAAAUGGAACCUGGACGAUUUCUGCAUGCACAAUCGAACUACCGUAUCUUUGUCAGGCUUUUCGUUUUGAUGUUCUUGUGGAGAUACCGUAA